AUGGUCUCAGUUGCUUCGUGCUCAAAAAAAGGCAGAAAUAAAAGAAAAACGCUCCCAAAAAUUGUAUUACGUCGAUUGCCAGCUGCCAUGACAUGGGAUAACUUACAGGUUCAGCUGUCUCCUGUUCCUGAUUUCGAAUUUGUCGAAUUCAUUGCUGCUAAAAGAGAUGGUGGAGUAUCCUUUUCGAGAGUAUAUUUUGUCUUUAAGAAUGACGAUGAUAUUUUAACAUUCAGAGACCGUUUUCAUGGAUAUGUUUUUAUCGAUGAUAAAGGUGGAGAAUCUGUUGGUAUUGUUGAACUAGCUCCAAAUCCAAAAGUUCCAUAUGAUAACUUAGAAGAUUCGAAAAAGCGUGAUCCAAAGUGUGGAACUGUUGAAUCAGGUUUUGAAACACAAUUAUUUAUUUUUACUAGCAGAGGAAAUGCAAAAGAUUCGAAAGAUCAAGAAUAUAAAAAGUUCUUAGUUGAAAGGAAAAGUCCGGAAGUGUUAGAUCGUGUACCGUUGGAAGUGUUGGUGAGAGAAAUCGAAGAAAAAGAAAAAACAAUAGAGCAGAGCUAUGUGCAGGAAACACCGUUGACUCAAUACAUGGAUAAAAAAGGUGAAGAACGUAUAAAGCGUAUGCAGGAAAGACGACGUACUCGUGAAGAAGAAAAAUAUUUACGAAGCGAACGACGUCGCGAAAGUGAAAAAAACUAUAAUCAAGAACAAAAUGACGCAAAAAAAGUAGUGGAGUUCCGUAAUUCAAAAUUCGAACGAAGCAGUGACGCUGUAGCGAAGGAAUACGAAAGGUCCAAAAUGCGCACACAAUGCUUCGGGGAUCGAAUUGUGGGCUUGGAUAGUAAAGAUGUUGUAAGCGAUCGGCUGAAGCAUGUAGAAUUAAAAAAAAGAGUACGAAAUUUGUCAGCCAGUGAAGAAUGUAGUGUGAAGAAAAUAGAUCAGAAUGAAAAAGUUGAGAAGUCACAAACCAAUAAAAUUGAUGAUACUGAAAAGAUUAAUAAACCUGCUGACUUAAUACCACCAGAUAAUGUCGCUGAAGCAGAACAAGUGAGUAGAGCAGCUCCGAAAAUAUCAAAUAUCACAAUUAGAGGAGCGAGAAACAACUUAUCAGGGGUUGAUGUGGUCGAGGAAAAAAAAGUGAAGAACGAGAAAGCCGUAGAAAGUGAUGCUGUGAAGCCUCGUCGUAAUAAGGAUCGACCAGAACGUGCAAUUUAUCAACCGGGUGCGGCUCGACGUCGAGCUGCAGUCCUGGCUGCAUCUGAUACAAAUCCUGAGACAAAAACUUCUACAAACGGCAAAACAAAAGCUUGA